UACCUACCAAUCUAAAGUUGGUGAACGAAUGAGAACGACCGUUUUGUUUUUGAGAUAGUAAAGUAAAAAUUACUAAAAACGACGUUAAAUUAAUGAGGUGAAAACGCUGGUGUUUAACUAUAUUGAAAUGCGUUACUCUUCUAAUUAAAGACGAGUUUUUAUUAUAUUGUGGUAUAGUAUUGUUAUGACGUAUAACAAUGGCGAAUUUGGAAGACGAAAUACGAGAUCUUCGGGAGAAAAACAGCGAAUUGGUACAAGAGGUACAAUACUUGAAGAUCGCUGACGCUCAGAGGCAAAAGGAAAAUUUGGAAUUGAUGAGAGAAAACAACGAACUACGUUUAAAAUUGAGCCGUCUCAAAAGCGGUGGGGAGGCUCAGGCUCGUAAGCUGGACUCGGCAUUGCAGUCUGCCAGUGCAAAUGCCUUGUCACACUUAGUGCAAGCCUCUGGGGCCAUCGCCAGGACUAUAGAGCUGACCAAGCAGUAUAUACAAGAGCGGCAGGAACUGGAAUCUGCUUCGCCGCGCUGGAGCGCCACGGGCAGCUCGCCCAGCACUGAUAAAGUACAUAAAGUGCCCCCGCUGUUACUGGGUGGCCAGUCCAUACAGCCUGUGGUGGCACUUAGCAGGACAAUACUUGAUUCUAGUACAAGGUCAGUGCCAAGGACGCCAAACCACAAUUCAAGUGUGACUGAGAGAGCCGUGCCCAUUCCUAUGCAUAUGCUUCAAGACCUAUACAUCCCCUUGCAACGAAUAGAUUUGGCUGAGCUGCAGGGGAGCAAUACAGAGACUGAACAGGAGGCUGAUGUAGAUGACAUAAAUGAUAGCAACGAGCAAUCGCUUCUAGCAGAUGAAUCCAAUAACCUAUCAAGAGUGGACGAAUUGGAAGAAUCCUCGUGA